AUGACAGGGGAAGGGCGAGGAUUUGAGAUAGCUCAAGGCGGUUUGGGUCCUGGGCGAAUUCACCACUGCAUGCGUUCAAUUGGACUAGCAGAACGAUCACUGGAACUUAUGGUUCAGCGGUCUUUAGAGAGAGUGGCCUUUGGAAAGCGUUUGGCCGAAAAGGUUUGUAGUAGAAGGUUCAAGGUCCUGUUACACGACUGAAUCUGUUAGCUAAACAUGGCAAUGGGAUCCUACUGGUAGCUAAAACGAGUACGCCGGACGAUAACGUUGAGAAGUUUUGUUGCCAACGAGGCUUAGGGACUAGGCAAGGCCACAAGUAGUAAUACCACUUACCUCAAUAGAUUACACUCGUGAUAAGGAACCCGUCGUAUGAUAGUCUGGUCGUGUAUUGCAGUUACUAAAACGUUGUAUCACUGAUGUUUCUUUAGGGAAUGGUACAGGAGCAGAUCGCUCUGUCAAGAAUUGAAAUUGAACAGGCCAGACUGCUUGUGCUGAAGGCGGCACACACCAUCGAUUGCCAUGGAAACAAGGCUGCAAGAAAACAGGUGAGUAUGUGAGCAGUAUUGGGAGCACAGGGCAACCAGGGCUGUCGGGAAUGUCACACGUGUGGUACCCCUUAGUUCUAGUCUACAGUUUAGUGUGACUUAAGUUAGUGACCAAACCGACUUGAUCUUCCUCAGUUGUUGCGACGUGCGUUCUUUGUUGGGAGCUUAAGCAAAGACGACGGCGACGGCGACGAGAACGGCAAAUAAUAAAAAAAAGAUUAGUUUUCCUUUUUGUUAGUUCAAUAAGGACACAGCAGUUCAAUAAGUACACAACAGAUCAGUAACCACACCAGUAGUUCAAUGACUACACAUCAGUUCAUUGAGCGUAAACUACAUACAGCUGCGGGAAAAAUAGCCAUAAAUACGUUAGUUAUUUUUUAAUAAGAAUGCAUAGCAUUAAGUAAGUGUUAAAUACUCAUUUAGCUAUGGUACGAGAACUAAAAAGAUAAAUAGCUAUGUUACACUGUUAUUAAGUUCUAGUGAGCUCACUAAUAUAGACGGGAACAUAGACUGAUGUUAUUUUAAAAAAUUUUAGUCCGCUCAGAAGGUCUGUCAUUCUCAUCAGGGGCACAGUGCACAGACCUGGAAAGAGAGUCAGCGUCGAAAGGGUAAAGCCAACUUAACGUACGGGUCAUGGAAAACCUGGAAAGUCAUGGAAUUUAAGCAUUUCAUUUUCAAGGCCUGGAAAGGCAUGGGAUUUAAUAGUCGGUCCUUGAGAGUCAGGGAAAAUUAAAAUUUUAUUUGAUAGAUUAGUUACUGCUGAUGACAAGGCGAGGACAACAUAAAAUAGAGAGAAGUGAUUUAACAGCGCGAACGGCACGCAUUUUGGUGGACACCAGAGUUUGUGUCUAUUGAACUGUUUAAGGUCCAGAAAUAUCCUAAAACAAGGAAAGUCCUAAAAAGGUUUAAAAGUGACAGCUAAACCUUAGAUCUUGAUGGAAAAGUUUUAAAAGGUCAUGGGAAAAGUCAUGGAAUUUGAAUUGCUCAAAAGAGUACGAACCCUGGGUUUAUAAUUAGAUUGGAAAAACAACAUUUUUGCUCGUGCAUCACGCUUUUUUGUACAUUUCUUUGCUACCGCUACACGGCCACAACCGGUGAAAGUGCCUAAUUUCACGUUUUGUCCAGGACGUGGACGAAGACAACGACUUCAUUGUUCUUUUCCUGAACUUUGAUAUAGUGUUUUAGAAUUCAACUCCAGAAAUUUUGCCAACAUUUGACGAAUUGAACGAGUUGGAAUAAGCGCGAUAAAGUUUGAAGCAGCGCGAAUUCACGUUUAUAGUGACGCUUUCGUAGACCUCGCCGUACGUCGUUGUAAGGUAAGCUCCCUAAUGUUCUCUAUCUCAACUUGAAGUUUGUCUGGCGGCUCUGUGUGAGAAAGAAAGUACGGAGCUGUGAACACGAAUGAAACAGCUGAACCUUUUCUUGUAUAUACCUCUUUUUUUGGUAAUAGUAGUGUACUGUUAUAGCAAGAUUAGUUUGAUGGCGAAAAUUUCAGUAGUGAUCUGUCUUGCUAUGACAAGUGAUAUUGAAUUUGCUUACCUGGUGAACCUACCAAAUUCCAGCGGAGAAUUGGUUGAGAAGGAGUGACACAAGACUGUUUUACAUCGAUUGAGAACUUCACUGUUUAACUCUUGCAGAUUGCUAUGGCAAAGAUCGCAGUUCCUCGCAUGGCCUGUAACGUUAUUGACCGAGCGAUUCAGGUGCAUGGUGGGAAGGGAGUAUCCCAGGAUACACCGCUGGCUUAUUUCUAUACAGGAGCUCGGAGUCUGCGCAUUGCUGAUGGCCCGGAUGAGGUUCAUUUGGAGGCAGUGGCUAAACUUGAGCUGAAGGAAGCACUCAAAUCCAAGAUGUAA